AUGUCUCCUUUCUUCCUUCUCCUCCUCCUCCUCCUCCCACUCUCACUCCUCGCAAUCCUAUCCCUAAUCACCCGCCCAAAACCCACCAAAAUCCCCCUCAAAUCCCGCCACGUCUUCAUCACCGGCGGAUCCAGCGGAAUCGGCCUCGCCCUCGCGCACCGCGCGGCUUCAGAGGGAGCACGCGUCUCGAUCCUCGCUAGAUCCUCCCAAAAGCUCGAGGAAGCCAAAGAAUCGAUCAAGCUCGCGACGGGGGUCGAAGUCGCGACGUUCUCAGCGGACGUUCGCGAUUACGACGCCGUUUCGAAGGCGGUCGAGGAAGCGGGGGCGGUCGAUGUGUUGGUAGUGAAUCAAGGGGUGUUUACGGCGAGGGAGCUUGAGAGGCAUAGUGUGGAGGAUGUUAGGUUUAUUGUUGAUGUUAAUCUUGUUGGGAGUUUUAAUGUGAUUAAGGCUGCUUUGCCUGGGAUGAAGGCGAGGGAUGAUGGGCGUGGAGCUCGUUCUAUUGCUCUUGUUUCGUCUCAAGCUGGUCAGAAAAGCAGACCUGAGGUCACUGCCAUAAUAGCUGCGUCCUCUGGUUCAAUGAAAACAGAAGAAGUAGCAAGAAGAGCUAUGAAUGGCAUCAAAGCAGGAAAGUUCACUGUCUCAUGCAACUUUGAAGGCUUCUUACUAUCCCUCGCCACAACCGGCAUGUCACCUCAAAGAUCAUUUUGGCUCGCUUUUCUUGAAGUCAUAACCGCAGGGCCUAUAAGGUUAGUCGCACUCUUUUUCCAGUGGGACUGGUACAAUGCCAUCGAAAAAUGGAGCAAAACCAAAAACAAAUAG